GCCGCCGCCGCUUGCCGGGUCUAUAGCCAUGUCACCAGCGGUUGCCUCUGCCUCAUCUGGCGACCGCAUACGAACCUACGAAGACUUCGUGCGGGUACACGCGUACCUGCUGGCCGCGGCGGGCAUCCCGCCGUCGCUGCACCGGAGGCUGUACCGCAAGCUCGCGGACGAGGUCUUCGACGGCGGGGAGGUCUUUGCCGUAGAGCCGUGCGAGGACGGGAGGCAGCGGCGCCUCGUGCUCACCGCCGAUCAGUCUCUAGGAAAAGAGUCCGAUGUCUUCCUCGUCGACCAUGCGUGGUCCUUCCGCCUCCCUGAUGCGCUCAAGCAGUUGAGGGAAGUACCAGGAUUGGCUGAAAGGAUGGCAGCAUUAAUGUGUGUCGAUUUGGACCGCAAGAUUGAAGCAGAUGAGCAGGAUGAUGACGAGAGUGGGAGCUUGGAGCAUGUAUCGCAAGUAGUCGAGAAAGAAAGGGCUAGAGUUCAGGAGAGAAGUGAUUCUACAGCUUGGCUGGAACUUGAAGAACUUGGAAUUGAUGAUGACAUGCUAGUAGCCUUGGAUCUAUCUGCAAAUUUUCCGAAUCUGGUAGCUCUGAACCUAUGGGGAAACAAGCUGCGGGAUCCAGAGAAAGUUAUGCAAGAAAUCAGGAAGUGCACAAAGCUAAAGGCACUUUGGUUGAACGAGAAUCCUGUUCUUGGCAAAAGUAUUGACAAAGCUGUUUUCGAUGGCCUCUCUGGAUUGGAAAUAUACAAUUCACAUUUUACAAGUAAAGCCGGAGAGUGGGCACUAGGUUUUUGCGCAGACAUUGUUGGAGCAGAUAAUCCCUGUUCUUCUGUGGAAAGCACAUUGUUUGGGAGCAUUGGGACUAUUGACCUUUCUGAUAGAUGCAUUCACAAGCUACCAGAGGUGUUCUCUCCUAGUAAAUUGCCAUCUCUGUCAAAAUUGAACAUUCGUGGUAAUCCUCUGGAUCAAAUUUCUGGCGAUGAUCUCUUAAAGCUAUUUGGUGGAUUCACUCAGUUACAAGAGUUGGAGGUUGACAUUCCUGGCCCUCUGGGAAACAGUGCAAUCUCCAUUCUUGAGUCUCUUCCUAAUUUAUCUUUGCUAAAUGGCGUGGAUUCCUCAAGCAUAAUAGAGAGUGGGAAGCAUAUAGUUGACUCUGCACUUGAACCACGGCUUCCAGAAUGGUCACCUGAAGAACCCCUUGCUGAAAGAGUUAUUGGCGCAAUGUGGUUGUAUCUUAUGACAUACCGGCUUGCUGAUGAUGAAAAGAUUGACGAAACACCUGUUUGGUAUGUCAUGGACGAGUUGGGCUCAGCCAUGCGCCACAGUGAUAAUGCAAACUUCAGAAUAGCUCCAUUCUUGUUCAUGCCAGAAGGGAAACUGCACACUGCUAUAAGUUACACAAUUCUGUGGCCCACUCAUGAUGUUCAUACUGGAGAAGAGUGUACCCGGGAUUUCUUGUUUGGUAUUGGUGAGGAUAAACAGCGUUCAGCUAGGCUUACAGCUUGGUUCCGCACACCUGAGAACUACUUUAUUCAGGAAUUCAGGAGGUACCAGGAACAGCUUCAAUCAAAUAGCAUUUGUUCUUCGACAAAAAUAGAAGAGACACAGACACCCUCAACCAAAAGUGUACGCUCAAGGGAUGGUCGCGUCCUUCGAGUAUAUACUGACAUACCUCAUGUAGAGGAGUUUUUAACACGGCCAGAAUUUGUUCUCACGACUGAUCCAAAGGAAGCUGACAUCAUCUGGGUAAGCAUGCAAGUAGAUUCAGAAGUAAAGAAUGCUGUAGGGCUCACAGACCAACAAUACACAAACCAAUUUCCUUUUGAAGCUUGCCUGGUCAUGAAGCACCACCUUGCGGAGACCGUCCACAAGGCUUGGGGCUCACCUGAAUGGCUUCAACCUACAUAUAACCUGGAAACCCAUUUGUCUCCACUCAUUGGUGAUUAUUGUGUGAGGAAACGAGAUGGCAUGGACAAUUUAUGGAUCAUGAAGCCUUGGAACAUGGCGAGAACAAUCGAUACCACAGUUACUGGUGAUUUGUCUGCUAUCAUCAGACUUAUGGAGACAGGCCCCAAGAUAUGCCAAAAAUAUAUUGAACGCCCUGCACUUUUCCAAGGAAGGAAGUUUGAUCUUCGGUACAUUGUUUUAGUCCGUAGUAUCCGCCCUUUGGAAAUAUUUCUGUCUGAUGUUUUCUGGGUUAGGUUAGCAAACAAUCAGUACACUUUGGAGAAGACUAGCUUUUUUGAGUACGAGACCCAUUUCACUGUGAUGAAUUAUAUCGGAAGGAUGAAUCAUAUGAACACACCAGAGUUCGUCAAGGGGUUCGAGAAGGAGCACCAAGUUAAAUGGCUGGACAUUCAUGAAAGCGUACGAUCUACCAUACGCCGUAUCUUUGAGGCGGCCGCAGCUGUCCAUCCUGAGAUGCAGAACCCAUUCUCCAGGGCCAUCUACGGUGUAGAUAUUAUGCUUGACAACAGAUUCAAACCAAAGGUUUUAGAGGUGACAUACUGUCCAGACUGCGGGAGGGCAUGCAAGUAUGACACGCAAGCUCUGGUAGGAAGCCAGGAUACCAUCAGAGGCCGUGAUUUUUUCAACUCGGUGUUUGGCUGCCUCUUUCUUGACGAGCAAACGCAUGUAUUGCCCUUAUAGGCAUCCGCCCCAGAGGCGGCUGCUGUAACAUCAGGUUUUAUCAUAAUAACGUGACAUAUGUAUAA